CCGUACGACAGAAUUUCGCAAGCUCAAACUCUAGUGUGUUGAAGCAGGGUUGGAACUAAACUCUGCAGGGUUUGACACCCCUGCUCUAAACUACAGUAUACCCUUAAGCCUCAUAAUGUGAUGAGUCACACCCCCACACAUACCUCAUUGGUCCAGCACCAUUAAUUAGGCGGGAUCACCAAAUGGCCCAGUGACAGGAGUACACGAUAAAUCUCUGAGAAAUAGAUUUCCAGUACCUUGUUGAAUCUCUUCCAUGAAGGAUUAAGGCAGUUCUGAAGGCAAAAGGGGGUUCAACCCGGAACAAGUAAAGGUGUACCUAAUAAAGUGGCAGGGAACUUUUAUUUUGGAAUGGCCAUCUGAUGUCAUCAGGCUGCGCCGUUCCUGCAUCUGACGGGGUUCACUUGAAGAGAGAGACAGACAGAAAAACUCCUGCUGAAGAUGGCGUUUAUUAAAGAGGAGAGUGAAGACCUGAAGAUUGAAGAAACAUUCAGAGUCAAACAUGAAGAUGCUGAGCAACUAACAGAUCUUUUGCCUUGGAAAGAGGAGAUUCCAGAACUGAAUGAUGUCAAGGAAGAGAAAGAUCUGGAUGAAGAAGGACAUUUGAUAUCUGGUGUAAAAACUUCAGAAAAUAGUGCUCAACAGACUGGACCUGUAAGUUGUUUCACCUGCAAAGAGUGUGGGAAAAGUCUGACUACGAAAAGAACGCUUAAUGACCACAUGCGGAUUCACACCGGAGAGAAGCCUUGUCAAUGUAAACAGUGUGGAAAUCGCUACAUUGAUAAAAGCACCCUUAGAAGGCACAUGAUAACGCACACCGGAGAGAGACCUUUCACAUGUCAACAGUGUGGAAAAGGUUUUACUAGAAAGAGCAACCUAGAGGUUCACACGAGAAUUCACACCGGGCAGAAGGCUUUUACAUGUCAACAGUGUGGACAUGGAUUCACUAGAAAAAGUAACCUAGAGGUUCACACGAGAAUUCACACAGGAGAGAAACCCUUCAUAUGUCCCCAGUGCGGGAAUUGCUUCUCUAGAAAAAUGCUCCUUGAAGUUCACAUGAGAAUUCACACUGGGAAGAAGCCGUACGCAUGUCAACACUGUGGUAAUAGUUUCACUAGAAAACAAAGCCUUGAUGUUCACAUGAGAACUCACAAUGAGGAGAGACCUCACAUCUGCCAAGAGUGUGGAGUAAGCUUUAUUUACAAGAACAGUCUUGAAGAGCACAUGAGAAAUCACACUGGGGAGAAACCUUUCACUUGCCAACAUUGCGGAAAUGGGUUUACAAGAAAAAGAAACCUUGAAGACCACAUGAGAAUUCACAACGAGGAGAGACCUCACAUCUGCCAAGAGUGUGGAGUAAGCUUUAUUUACAAGAACAGUCUUACAGAGCACAUGACAACUCACACUGGGGAGAAACCUUUCACCUGCCAACAGUGCGGAAACGGGUUUACUAGAAAAAGAAACCUUAAAGAUCACAUGAUUACUCACACUGGUGAGAAACCCUUCACGUGUGAACAGUGUGGGAAAGGUUUUACUAAAAAAAGUAACCUUAAGGUUCACAUGAGGGUUCACACUGAAGAGAGGCCUUACACAUGUGAACAGUGUGGGAAAAGCUUUACACUUAAAGACAACUUGGAAAGCCACAGGAGAAUUCAUAUGGCUGGGAAGUCUCACACUGCUUACACCUCAAUCAUUUGAUCCUCAUUCAGAUCUGCAGAAACACACUCAUGAAGGAGGAUAUUGAAGAAUGGCAUAUGAGAGUUGAUGCAAAGAUUUGUUGGAAUGAGAUUCCAGAUCCCAACAGUGUAGAAAUAGUUUCACUGGGAAAGGCAGCCUUAAUAGACACAUAAAGAUUCACAGUGAAGAGAAGCCGUACACCUGUAGCGAGUGCGGAAAGAUAUUCAACGUAAAAGGCAGCCUCAAACUUCAUGUUAAGAGACAUUGUAAAGGGUUUCGGUUCUAAUAUAGUCCUGGUGGCCAUUUUGAUUUGUUUUUAAUUUUUGCAAUUUAACCACUUCAUUUAAGAUUUAAAGGGGUGGUCCACUAUGACAUCAUAUUUGAAACUUAAGUUGAUGUGUGAUGUAGCUGUGUGAACAUAAACUACAUCUCUGAGUGUAAGAUGCUCAAAGUUCAAUGCAAAGGGAGACCUUGGCUUUUACAGCUCUAGCUUAACAAAGCUUACAGCAAACAAAGUUUGGGGACUACAAACUCAGCUAAUGAUUGGUUAUAAAACUUGUUUUACAUGCUGUCUCGGGAGAGAGUCCUGAGCUCAUAAGAUCCUCCAGCCCAGGGCUCCCUCCUGUUGCUCAGGUAGAACUCGAAA